AUGGCCAUGAGAUGGGGUUCUAGGGAACAGCUCCUGAGGGCAUUUUGGCCAAACUGUGUGAUACUUUGGUUUGCUUCCCUGAAAACAGGAUUUCUAUUUCCUAAACCCAAUGUGGUGUCCAGGUUGGAUCAAGGAGAGCCAUUGAUCUCUUAUCUGCUUAGCUCCAAGGAGAAGGAUGUCCCAAAAGGCAACAGCACGGGAGCCAGUCUAUUACCAUCCAAGAGAGAGAAUUGCUGGAUGGAACAGGAUUACUGGGUCUUUGAUGACAAGAAGAUGGUAGCUGUGCACUGGGGCUAUAAAGAGACUAGAACACUCCUAGCAAUUCUCAGUCAGACUGAAUUUUAUGAAGCCCUCCAAAACUGCCACAGGAACAGCCAAGUGUAUGGGGCUGUAGCUGAGAGGCUGCAUGAGUAUGAUUUCCUCCGGACCCUGGAACAGUGUCGAAUCAAGUUCAAAGGCCUUCAGAAGAGCUACAGGAAGGUCAAGAGUGGUCAUCCACCCGAUACCUGCCACUUCUUUGAAGAGAUGGAAGCCCUGAUGAGUGCCCAGGUCAUUUCAUUGCCCAUUAAUGGCCUGGAAGAGGCAGCCUCCUAUUCUGGCCAGGCUGGCAGUGAUGCUGAGACUGAGGAACCAGGACAGAGAGACUGGCAACAUAAAGAUGGAGAAGAGGUUAUAGCUGAAAGGUUGGACAGUGAUGACCUGGAGAUAACCCCCCAGGACCCUGACAACCCACCUGCAUCUGUCCUGUUCCCAAAGCCGACAAUGCCCGAUGAGGAUAACUUAAGGAAGGUUUAUUCUGGCUCACAGUCCGAGUGUGUGCAUUCUGCUGGGAAAGACACAGUGUUGAGAGCUGCUCUCAGUGUGGCAGUAGGAGCUGGAAGUGUACACUGGGGCUAUGAAGAAACCAAGACUUACCUUGCAAUUCUUAGUGAGACUCAGUUCUAUGAAGCCCUCCAGAACUGUCACUGCAACAGCUAGUUAUAUGGAACAGUUGCUGAGAGAUUGCGGGAAUAUGGCUUCAUUAGAACUCCAGAGCAAUGUCGUACCAAAUUUAAAAGCCUAAAAACCAGCUAUUGGAAAGUCAAGAAUGGUCAAGCACCAGAAACCUGCCCCUUCUUUGAAGAAAUGGAUGCUUUGGUGAGUGCCCAAGUUGCUGCCCCACCUAUUAAUGACCAGGAAAAAGAAACAGCUUCUUGCUGCCUCCAGAGAACCAGUGAGGCUGAACCUGAGAAGCAAGAUGAGGACACAGUAGAAGAUUCAGAUGAUGACGAUGAUACUGAGAUACCUCCAGGGGCUGUUAUAACCCAUGCCCUAGUUAUAACCCAUGCCCCAGUCUUAUUCCAGAGCCCAGUGGUGUCCAAGAAAGCCAGAGAUGUCAGAGUUGGAGUCAUUGGAGCUGGAGUUACAGAUGGUUUUGAGGCUGGAUUUGAUAAUGAAGAGAAUUCAAAACGGGAUAUUUCUGAGGAAGUGCAGCUUCAUAGGACAUUACUUGCAAGGUCUGAAAGGAAAAUUCCCCAUCAUGUUAAUCAGAGUAAAGCUAGUAAGAAUGAAUUUUCAUCAGAAAGCCAGUGGGGAAAGACUCAAAAAGAAAAAAAAAGACAAUUGGCAUUCCCAGAGAAGAGUAUAGGUAAAGUCCUGACUUAUCAGAGGCCAGGCUUGGAAGACAGACCUUAUAAAUAUCUCAGCAAAGGCAAAAGCUUUGGCUCAAACUCCCAUCUUGUGCAUCAGGACUCCCAUGAGGUAGAGAACCCAUAUAAAUGUACUGACUGUGGGAAAGGCUUCAGUCGGAGUGCACGCCUCAUUAGACACCGAAGAAUCCACACUGGAGAAAAACCGUGUAAGUGUCUUGACUGUGGGAAAGGCUUCCGUAACAGUUCCAAUUUUAUUACCCAUUGGAGAAUCCACACAGGAGAGAAACCUUAUCAGUGUGGUGAAUAUGGAAAAUGAUUCAAUCAGAGCUAGCAGAGAACCCACACAGGAGAAAAGCCUUAUCAGUGUGAAGAGUGUGGGAAAGGCUUCACUAACAGUUCUCAUUUCAGUGCACGCAGGAGGGUACACACAGGAGAGAGACCCCAUGAAUGUACUGACUGUGGUAAGAGUUUUAGCAAGAAUUCUGACUUACGUGCACAUCACAGAACCCACACAGGAGAGAAACCUUAUGGGUGCCAUGACUAUGGCAAGUGCUUCAGUAAGAGCUCUGCCCUUAAUAAACACCGAGAGAUUCAUACAACAGAAAAGCUGCUGUCAUAG